AUGGGAGGCGCUGCAUUUCAAAACCAAGCUCGCCAGCUGGGCGGCAACGUCAGCUUUGCGCAGAGCUUGAGCGGGUCACAACCUGCAACGCCGCUCGACCUGUCGCCUACCCAUCUCUCUUGGGCCAUCAUGAUCCGCUACACGCACAAGAAACACAAGCUGGUCAACAAGUCUGGGGAAUCGCCAACCAUGGGGCCUGGCUCGCACUCCAUGCCUGGUCUGGCAUACUCCGACGUCCUCAAGGGCUCCUCAAGCUCAAGCUUGCCUCCAGCACAUCCGUCGUCGCAACAUCCCGCACCCCUCAGGCACAAUGAACAGGAUGUUCGAAACCGUUCUACCUUGUCGCAGGCGCUGACCAUUGUUGACAGGGAAUUCCCGUCUCUAUCGAACAACUCUCAGCUUCCCAGCACGACCCAAGGAUCGAUGUGGUCUACGGCGGGUUCCAGAACCAUCAGCGGGCCAAUCCAGCGGAAUCAGCCUGCCCCUGGGCCUUCCCAACAGGGUGGACAGGAUGAUCUCUUUGGACCUCCGUCCUCGCGGAUGCAGUCAAAUCAGGGUCCUUUUCGAUUUGGAGCCCAGCCAACGCAAGUCCAGCCGAACAGCGUCGACGACUUCCCUCCGUUAAAUCGGUCAUCCAACGGCGAGAUAGGGUCAGAGCGUGGUGCCAACUUGAUGUCCGCUCUGGGCUUCAAUCCGCAGAACCCUGGUCCUUCAGGGCCGAUGCCAAACAACGGGGGGAACGGCUUGCUGAACGCGCUCACAGCGACAAACCGAGCAAACGAAGUGCGAUCACCGCCUGCCAUCGGCACACCAAACGGCCCCGGCAGACAGCAGCAACAACAAUCGCAACAGCAACAGCAUGACGGCAAGCAGAAAGCGUCCGGUUUUCGAGAAGACGAUUCGGGCAAGGCAUCAGAAGUAGCCUCUCCAGCCGCUGAAGGACGAGGAUCUCUUGGUGUGAUUGGAAGCGAAGGUCCGAAUGGAAGACCGAUCGAGCCCAAAGAUAGCCAAGUUGCAGAAGUUGUGGACCCUUUGGCAGGCAUGUCUGCGGUUGACAAAUGGGGCAUCAAAGGGCUUAGGACGCUCAUGAACAACUAUCCCGACUACCAUGCUAUGAUCAUAGGAAUGGAUCCCAACACCAUCGGUCUCGAUUUAAGUUCCCCAGAGCUGAUUUCAACCCAAAUGUACUCAUUACUGGACGAUACUCCCCCGAAGCCUACAGUCAACCUGAGCAAAUUUCGAUUGCCUGAGUGCUACAGCGUGACGAAUGUGCAGCCGAUAGACACCAAGAUACAAAGUUUCAACGAAGAAACUUUGUUUUGGAUCUUUUACAGCUGUCCAUUGGAUGCCAAGCAGCAGAUGGCCGCAGUGGAACUCCACUCUCGUAACUGGCGAUGGCAUAAAAAACUGCAGGUCUGGCUGACAAAGGACGAGCACAUGACUCCUCAGAUCUUGAGUCCGAAUCACGAGCGAGGAUACUACAUCGUCUGGGAUACAGUCACAUGGCGAAAGGAUCGCCGAGAGUUUACUUUGCAUUACGGAGAUUUGGACACGUCUCUAGGACAGCCACCGCCGGUUCUGUCAUAA